CUAAUCUGUGCCUGCUGUACUAAGUACCAAAAGUUAAGUCAAUCGUAAAGGAGGCAGCUGUUGUAAUCAGCUGUAGUCAAUUCACGAUCAUUUUUUUAUUGUGGGCAUAUUAAAGAAAUUGGAACACUAGACAUGAUGAACCAAAUACUAGGGGAAUUACUUAACUGUGAGAAUGAGAGAAGUGAAAGGGACGAGGGCGCUGAAAGUAAUAAUGCUAUCCAAAAUGAUAACGAUAAUGGUGAUAGCAGCAAAUCUGUCCAUAAUGGGAAAAACACACAUAGACGUGUAAGCUCUACCCCAAUCUGGCCGACAGAGCUACCUGACGUUUUUCUUUUCCCGGACACUUUUUUCCAAUUGCAAAAAGAUUUAAACUACGGUGUUCUUGAAUACCUCAUAAGAAUGGGCUAUGCCGGCGCUGCUGACACAUUCAGUAAAGAACUUCAAUAUGAGGACAAAAACAUACACAAUAACGUAAAACAGGAUGAUGACUUUAAAGGUCAAGAUGAUAAAGUUGUAGAAGACGAAGAUAGUAAUGAGUUUACCGAACAAAGUUUUGAUCUACAAAAAGAAAAGAUGAGCCAACUGUUCAAGACGGAAAACUUAUCGGCGGAAAGUAAUGAGACACUUGAAAAGUCGAAGCUUUCCAUCAAGCAGCAGAGAGCCACGAUUGGAAUGGAAUCUGUCUAUGAGCGGAAGGCCAUGAUGAUUAUGUUGAUGAAUGGACAGGUCAAGGAGACAAUUGAAUUUAUUUCUCGUAAGUGGCCACAUUUCUUUAACGAAUUUCGGAUAUUGAAACUUCGCCUUUUACACCUUCAAGCAGUUGAAAUAAUCCGAGAGUUCUUUGACAGCGAUGUUAGCGACUUUACAGGCGAGGAGCUAGAAGAAAAAGAAGAGACAUUUUUCAACGAGUUUGUCGAGUUUAUCAAAAAAAACCUCAGUGACGAAAACAUAUUAAAAAGUUCAAGAUUUAUUAAAGAUAUGGAGCUCACUAUGGCAUUAAUAUCAUACGGGACUUUCAAGGAGAAAGAAUCAAAAGUCAGCUUUACAGAGCGUUUGCCACCAGAGUUGAAGAAGCUCGUCGAUAUUUCACUGAGGGAAACCAUUGCUGUUAGAGUCAACAAAGCAUUGUUGACCUACGUAGAUGGCGUGUCAUUCAGUGAUGAGCUUGAUGGAGGAUUUGAUUUCAGUGCGGCUUCAGAUAGCGUUGCGAGCCACGAGGAAGAAGAAGACGAGAACGAAGAAAAGUUAUGCCAAGAGGGGUCCGGAUACGGAGUCGGUGAUGAUGACCCGAACGAUCCACUCCUGCGUGCCGGUUAUGGGGACUUCAGGGUCCUGCAGCGUUUCAGCAACGGAGACAGCAAACUUCUACAACUUGUCAAGCUCUUUGUUUGGUCUUACAAGCUGAAUAGCAAUAGUAAUAGCAGGCUCAGCAACAGGCAGAAGCUUGAAAAGAUGGCUGAAAUAACACUUGGUCAAUGAAGUGCUAGCUCUUGGGAAACUUUUUUACGUUCGAUCAUGUUUGUAAAUCAAUGAAGCAGGCUCGAAAACAGAACAGAUAACAACCAUGACUGUCGGUCUCGGGUAGAUAGCCAAUUGCGGGACCGGAAUCCGGAUGCGCGGAGGCCCUGGCGAGGAAAUCGAAAUCAAGAACGAAUAAGG